UUUGAUGUGAGAUCACUAAAAUAAACAAAAUAUUCAAAAUCAGUUUUCAUGUUUUCUUGCUUUAUCGCAAGUUUUUAAUACAUAUCCUGUACUUGCACUACAAGGCGUAACUUUGGAAAAUAAACAUGCCAAUUGGAAUGGAUCAAAGUCAUUUUCUGAUGGAGAAACUCAAGAAAUAUGACAGCCAAAUUCAGGGUAAAGAUGAACGAAUUGUCCAACUCGAAACUGAAAAUGCCAUGCUGUAUCUACGCCUGGCUAAACUCCAGGGUCAGUUCAGAGCCAACCAAGAAGACACAACACAUUGGAAACGCAUGUGCUCAUUUGAACAAAAUCAGAGGAGACAAAUAGUACCAGGAUUCUCUGAUGUAUCAAAACAUGUGCAGAGUUUAAGGCAGGAGUUAGAAGAGCUCAAGUUGAAUGUGUCUUCCAUGCCAACUAAUCUAGGGGGUCUAUGUAACAAUGUAGUGGAGAAGGUAGAUGAACAUAGCAGGAAAUACAAACUACAUAGCUCAAGUUUAACAGAUGUCCAGCAGAAACUUGUAGAGACUGAGUCUCAGCUACAUGAUGCCUUAGAAAGACAUGCCAAAGAGAAGAAAAGACGCAGGGAGCUGCACAACACUCUCAUGGAAUUACGUGGCAACAUCAGGGUACAUUGCAGAGUGCGCCCUCUAUUGGAUUUUGACCGGGGCUCACAAGACGUCAAAACUCUGGGAAGAGUUGGCUCACAGUCAGAGGUUGUGGUUCAUGUUUUAGAUGAUGAGAAUGUUUGCAUUAAGACAAGCAAGCAGACAAAGGCAUUUGAAUUUGAGAGAGUGUACUCCCCUUUAGAGAAUCAGGACACAGUGUUUGAAGAGGUUCAGCCCAUGUUGACUUCGCUUCUAGAUGGGUACAAUGUGUGCAUCAUGACUUACGGUCAAACAGGAAGUGGUAAAACACAUACAAUGUUAGGUAGCCAUAGCAACGAUGAAUACCAUCCAUCCAAAGAGCCUCAUAAACAGGAAGGAAUUAUACCCCGGGCUGCAAGAGAAUUAUUUAGCUUGAUAUCAGAGAAGCCCCCAGAUACUCAUUCAGUUGAGGUUUCUGUUGUUGAGAUCUACAAUAAUGACAUCCGUGACCUUCUUAGUGGGGACCCUAAUGCCAAACAUGAUGUAGUGACAGCCAGUGAUGGAUCUCUCUAUGUCCCAACAGUCUCUUGCAAGCCAGUUGAGACAGUCUAUGACGUCAUGUGUUCAGUUCAACAUGGACUCCAGAUGCGUAGCGAAUCACCCACCCUUGUACAUGAGCACUCUAGUAGAUCGCAUCUCAUCGUCACGUUGACCUUGACAACUCAGGCCAAUUACUUAAACCCAGUAGGAUCAUCAGGGGCAGAAUCUCCAGCGCCAUCUUCUGCCAGAUCACCUAUUGAUCCAACAUUCGCAGUUCCAAGUACUCCCACUAAAGACAAGCAGCGUAGACAAUUGCCGCCCCAGCCUCCUCCGCCAUCUUUCUCUAUAAGGUCACGUUCUCCAUCCCCAAUAAGAUCGAUGACCCCCACACUUUCUGGAGCCAUAAAAACUAAGCUCCAAUUGGUUGAUCUGGCAGGAAGUGAAUGUGUUGGUAUGUCCGGCGCUACAGGGGACAGACUACGUGAGACUUCAAACAUCAAUAAAAGUCUCUCAGCCCUAGCUGAUGUUUUAGGAGCCCUGGCUGAGCACAGAUCACAUGUCCCAUAUAGAAACAGCAGAGUGACACAUCUCUUACAGGACUCCAUAGGAGGUGAUGCAAAGUUGUUAGUGGUGGCCUGCGUGUCUCCAGCAAAACGCUACCUCACCGAGUCAUUACAGUGUCUUGGAUUCAGUCAGCGGGCACGCCAAGUCCAGCGUGGACCAAUCAAACGCAAGCUUCCACCAGCUGUAGAGAAGAUCGGCCCAGGAGAUUCAACCAAUCGCAGCGCAUCACCCAGACCAAGAUCUGCAGGGCCCUUGAGACAAUGAAUUGAUUUAUCUUAGGAUUACCUGAUGUAUUAAGCAUUAACAUUACAUUCAGUUCAAUAAUCCUUCCACUUUUAUUAUUUUUUAAUUUAUAUAGGACUAUGUGUUCUCACAAUAUCAGGUUUAGUGUCACUAAGACAUGUAAAUAGGUAUUCAUUGUAUUACGAAAGAUGUUUGAACAAGAUUUUUAGUUUUGUCUCUUUAUGUAAAGAAUCAUGUAUUAAAUUGGUUAAUGUGGCGUUACCAUGUCACAGAUCAAACAAGUACGUUUAUGUUACUCAUGUCAAUUUAACACUGGUCCGGUAGGGCAAUUAUUGGAGCUGUUGUCAAAUAUAGUUUUGCAAGAGUAAGAGGUCCUAUACAGUGUUUCAUCUAAAGUACUUCAACUGUCAGUUUUGUGACUUGAUUAAAGCAGCGUCUGUAUAAUAUGAUUCAUGAAAACUCAUAAAGUGAAUGCAGGUCUAUGCGAGGAUCCAAGGGUUAAAUGUGGACAUUCGUGUUAAACAAGAUAUCACAGUUGACUCAUUCAAUACUUGGGCAAAAAGCACUAUAAUACUG